AUGGCUGACUUCCCCGAGGAGUGUCUUGCACAAAAAGAAGACUAUCUAGAAUGUUUACACCACACAAAAGAAAGACAACGAGCAAAACUAAUUAAACAGGAGGAAAUCAGGCAACGAAAAAAGGCGGAAGAAGCAGCACGUAAACAUGCCGAUUCUGCGGCAAAAAGUAAAGUAUUUAGACUCGGUAUAAUUGAAAAACCUUCUGGAGAAAGUGAGAGCGAAAAUUCGAGUCGAUGA